AUGAACAGAGAUGAUGGGGAGGAAAAGAAAGCAGAAGAACAAGGACAGGAGGGGCCACGAGAGUCAUCGGUGUCAGGAGCACGAGAGAACCUUUCCCCAAGUGUGGGACUGGACGCUGCCUCAGCAACCUUGGAAAGAGCAGAAGGUCGGCAGGAAAUCCACCCAAGGGAGGAAGCGGAAGGCCACAGUCAACCCAGAGUCAAAGCUAUUUGCAGGAGGAAGAAGAUGUCAUCCCGUGUGGAGCUGCAACAUCAUUCUCAGAGGAUUAAUCCCCAAGAGCUAUUAGAGGAUGUACAGGAGAGUGAGGAUGAGGGAAGACAACAUAGAGGCCCACCACCAAGAAGAACUAGAAGUGAGGAGGUCUGCAAUCAGCCUCAAAAAAGGAAGCAGUCACGAAAGAGUACGCAGGGAAGGAAGGAUAAAUCCGUUCCCUCAGUGAGUGGGGUCUCCCUUGAACCAGGAAAGCAGAAAACAAAAAGACCCAGAAAGUGCCUUGAUGCUCAUUUGAGAAUCCACACGGGGAAGGAACCCAGUCAAAGCUCAGAGCCUGUGAAAAGUGACCCUCUGAGCAAAAAAUCGAUGAAACAUCCAAGGCUUGAUGCCCGGGGAAAGACGCAUAAAUGUUUGGUGUGUGGAAAGAGUUUCAGAUGGAAUUCAGUCCUUAAAAUACAUCAGCAAAUUCACUUCGGGGGGAAACUGCAUAAUUGUACAGAAUGUGGAAAGAGGUUCACUCAAAGAUUAGACCUUAUUGUACACAAAGUGUACCAUAGAAUCGAGAAACGCUUUAAAUGCAAAGAAUGUGGGAAAAGCUUCCGUCAGAAAGUAGGCCUUACGAGACAUCAACGAAUUCACACAGGAGAGAAGCCCUACAUGUGUAAGGAAUGUGGAAAAAGCUUCAGUCAAGAUGCAAGCCUUAGCAGACAUAAACGAAUUCACACAGGGGAGAAACCCUAUAAAUGUGAACAAUGUGGAAAGAGUUUCAGUGAAAGUUCAACCCUUAAGCAACAUCGCAGGUGCCAUACAGGGGAGAAACCCUAUAAAUGUGAACAAUGUGGAAAGUGUUUCAGUCAAAGAUCAACCCUUAUACAACAUCGCAUGUACCAUACAGGGGAAAAACCCUAUAAAUGUGAACAAUGUGGAAAGUGUUUCAGUCAAAAAUCAGCCCUUAAGCAACAUCGCAGGUGCCAUACAGGGGAGAAACCCUAUAAAUGUGAACAAUGUGGAAAGUGUUUCAUUCAAAGUUCAAACCUUAAGCAACAUCGCUUGUGCCAUACAGGGGAGAGACCCUAUAAAUGUGAACAAUGUGGAAAGUGUUUCAAUCAUACAUCAGCCCUUAAGCAACAUCGCAUGUGCCAUACAGGGGAGAAACCCUAUAAAUGUGAACAAUGUGGAAAGUGUUUCAGUCGAAGAUCAACCCUUAAAGAACAUCGCAGGUGCCAUACCGGGGAGAAACCCUUUAAAUGUGAAGAGUGUGGGAAAGGCUUUACUCAGAGCUCAUCCCUUAAGAGACAUCAAAAAACUCACUCGGGGACGAAAGAUUUUUAG